AUUUCAGUCUGUGGGAAGAAGUAUUAGGAUUAUCAAAGACGUUUUGGAGUCAUUUUUGAAACAAUAUUUACUUAAAGAAGAUUAGAUAAAUACACAUUAUAUAGUAACGAUAGUAUACUACCAGAUGCGAAUACCACAAACAGUGGUGGUUGCAAUGGAUUUCUUUGGCGCAAACCAAGGUGUUGUUGUUUACUUUUGGGUUGUGCCUAGUGAAAUUAAAAUUAUCAAUUUUUGUAAUAGACUCUUGUUUGACAAUUGAUAAGGUAUUAAUACCCUCCCCCAGGAGUAUUUAAUGCAGAGUUACACACAUCUAACAGCUUUGGCUCAGUUUCCGCUGAUUAAAAAGGACCCUUUCCACUGCGUUGUGCGUGGAUUACGAUAAAAGAACAAAAUGAGGACUCUUGUAUUAUUUUUUUCUGUGACGGUUCUAGGAAUUUUCGGACAGUUUACUGAUAAAACGCGUACUCCAGGCGAAAAAGGGUCAGCUGUUGUUGAUGCAGUAGUUGAUUUAAUAAAAAAUUCUUGUAUCUUCCCAAAUGAUCGAAUGUACUUGCGAAGACUAGCCUUUGUAGAAACACAGGACGGACUCAGUCUGAACACGUACAGACCCGGGUACAAUGGAGGGAUCUGGCAGGUUGAUGAAAGCCAGUUCUUGCUCACAAAACAAGCAGGGAUUCUCACCGCUGAAAAGCAAAAGCUGAAGAAUCUGGGUAUCGACUGGUCAAAAGUGGAAUGGGUGGAUCUAAGAAAACCCCUGUUUUCCGGAUUGGCGGCAGCAAUGUAUGCGGUAAUAGAGGCUGGAUCCGCAGGUAUUCCCAAUGGAAUAGAGUAUCAGUCCGUCUUCUGGAGAAACACAACCAGGCCCUCACAAGAAGUUAAUGUAUUCUACAAAGGAGCACAAAAGUUGGAGACCGGUUGCUCUCAGAAGAACAACCUUGACUUGGCCUUCAUUGUCGAUUCCUCAGCAUCCUUGUCAAGCAAUGAUUUUGAGAAUACCAAAAUGUUCGUCAGAAGUGUUUUAUCAAAAUUCGACAUCGCUUUCAAUAAAACGAGGGUUGCGCUCAUAAAAUACAGUACGUCUGUAACGGAAGAGUUUAAACUCAACACAUUCGAUUCGAACGCCGCUGUGGACAAAGCGGUGGAGGCCAUGCUUUUCAAUGGUGGCGGUACAAAAACGGAUGCAGCUAUUCAAUAUGCAGUGGACAACACUUUCCCGUUAUCCGACGGUGGACGAUUGGGAUCCGUAAAGGUCAUUAUAUUAAUCACAGAUGGAAGAUCAGAAAACAAACUGAAAACUUUAGCAGCUGCAGUCAAUGCCAAAAAGAACGGCAUUAACAUCUUCACUAUAGGUGUUACACCACAAGUCGACUCGACAGAACUAAAUGGUAUUGCAAGCCAACCAACGUGUACUCACGUGGAACUUCUUAACAAUUUCAACGAUCUAGACUCUUUGAAAUCAGAAAUCGAACAAGUCUCAUGUACAGCCCCGGUUGUACUUACCCCGAACCAGGUAGCCUACACCUUCCCAUGCGGUUCUCCACUCAAUGUUCAAAUUCUUCCCAACGUCCAAGAUGGGGCAACAGUUACAGUAACUGUUCUUGAGGGUUCCGUAACGAUUUACGGAUCUACGAGUGCCCAGGCCAGCGCAGUGCUGAAUGAGUUCCAGCGUAUUACCACUAUAAGCAGACCAAUGACAUUCUACAUCAAAGGACAGAACCCAAUUUCCAUGGCUUUCGUCAGCAAUCUACCACAAUCCUGCAAAAACAACUUCAACGUAGACGUUAAACAAGGCGUCAACAUUAAGCCCUCUAGCCAGGCUCUUUGUAUUGAAAACGAUAUCGUCAAGAACUGCUCAACUAUCACUCUGUUCCACAGCCCAUUCCUGAUCCAGGGACCCGGCGCUGGCUUCAUGAACCCUUGCUCUCCACUCAUUGGACAUGUACAAAUUUUUCCCUACCCCCCACGGAAUGACCGUUUUAUUUACUGCGACGACAAAGGACACGCCUUCAUUGUCUUAUGUCCUUUAGAUGACGUAUAUAUUCCAUCGUAUCAGACAUGUGUUCCAGGACAACUUUACAUUGCCACGACAACAACUCCUGUUGUAACUUACACAGUCGCUACCACACUAAAACCCACCCCUAAGCCCUCCACGCCAGCUCCGGUUACUAUCAGUCCGAGUCCCAGUCCGGGUACUGUCCAGAACCCAUGCACCCCGGAAAACAUCAUCAACCAAAAUAUGUUCUUUCCAUAUCCUGGUAACGAACAGGCAUACAUCGAGUGCUAUAACUUACCAUAUGUUGCGUCUGUCAAACUCUGUCCUGAGCACCACUACUGGUCCCAGCCCUAUUUAACCUGUCUCUACCGUGAUGUGGUAAUUCUGAAUCCCACACCGACAACAGAGUCUUACCACACCAACGCUCCUAACCCUUGCAACACUCAACCAGGACUGUAUUUUUACCCCAUUGCCAACGAACCAACCAAAUACAUUCACUGCGAUGAUUUCGGUGAUGCUUUCGAGAAGACGUGUCCAGAUCAUAAAGUUUGGAACCAAGACGUCUUGCAAUGUGUUCCUAAGAAUCUAAUUGUAUACGAUACCGUAAAACCACCGGUAGUCGGAUAGUUUUUAUUGAAAAUUAUAGGUAACAAAAUUGUACUCCGAGUCAGUGGAUGUCAAUUGUCUAGAACCAUAUCAACUUUAUGCUUUUCAUACAUCUAUAUAAUUUUUAAUAAAAAGUCCAAACAAUA